CAUUUAUACAUUUUCCAUCACUUACACACUCCCCAUUGUGGCUUCCACUUCCAACUUGCUUUCCCUUUCUCCUGGUUUCAAGGGAAACAAGUGGAGUUAUUGAAACCACACAACCAGUUACUGCCUCUCAUCUCAGGCACCUUGGUUCAACCACAAAACUUGAUGAUGCUACAAUCCUACUUUACCACAAUAGCAAUUUUUCUUCUCCUGCUUGUGUUUCCUCGAACUAAAGCUGAUCUACAUUCAGAAAAGCAAGCACUCCUUGACUUUGCUGCUGCAGUUCAUCAUGGUCCAAAAGUGAAUUGGAACUCUAGUACCUCAAUCUGCACUUCAUGGGCGGGAGUUACAUGCAAUCAUGAUGGUUCCCAUGUGCUUUCUGUAAGGCUUCCAGGUGUUGGAUUGCGAGGUUCUCUCCCACCAAACACACUUGGUAAGCUAAAUGGCCUCGUUAGUCUCAGUCUUAGGUCCAACAGCUUGAGGGGGAACCUUCCAACUGAUCUACUUUCACUUCCUUCUCUAAGAUUUAUAUAUCUUCAACACAACAACUUCUCAGGUGAUAUUCCUGAUUAUCUGCCACCCCGGCUUAUCUUUCUUGAUUUGUCCUAUAACUCUUUCACAGGAAAAAUUCCAGCCUCAAUCCAAAAUUUGACACAUCUAAUAGGGCUAAACCUCCAAAAUAACUCUCUCACAGGAACUAUUCCUGAUGUUAACCUUCCUAGCCUUAAGGAUUUGGACUUGAGCUUCAACUACCUGAAUGGUUCUAUUCCUUCAGGUCUUCGUAAGUUUCCUGCCUCCUCAUUUAGAGGGAAUUUGAUGUUAUGUGGAAUACCUUUGAAGCAAUGUUCUUCAGUUUAUUCCCCUACUUCCACAUUGUCUCCACCAACAGUUUCCAAAAGACCAUAUGAUCUAUCAAACAAGAAAAUGAGCAAGGGGACAAAACUAGCGAUUGUUUUGGGGGGUGUAACAUUACUGUUUCUUCCAGGUCUUAUAGUAAUCUUCUGCUGUUUCAAGAAAAAAGUUGGUGAACAAAAUGUUGCACCUACAGAGAAAGGUGAGAAGCUUAGGGAGGACUUUGGGAGUGGUGUGCAAGAACCUGAGAGAAACAGGCUGAUGUUUUCCGAAGGUUGUUCUCAUAGUUUUGAUCUGGAGGACUUGUUGAGAGCUUCAGCUGAAGUGCUUGGGAAGGGAAGUUGUGGAACAACAUAUAAAGCCAUCUUGGAGGAUGGAACAACAGUGGUUGUGAAGAGGUUAAGAGAAGUGGCGAUGGGGAAAAAGGAAUUUGAACAGCAAAUGGAGUUUGUCCAAAGACUUGAUCAUCACCCAAAUGUGAUUCCCCUUCGUGCUUACUACUAUUCCAAAGAUGAAAAACUAAUGGUCUAUGACUACUCAACAGCCGGCAGUUUUUCCAAGUUAUUGCAUGGAUCGAGGGAAACUGGAAGACCUCCACUAGAUUGGGAUACAAGAUUGAAGAUCAUGGUUGGAGCUGCUAGGGGCAUCGCUCAUAUCCACUCAGCCAAUGGAAGGAAACUAGUCCAUGGCAAUAUAAAAUCAUCCAAUGUGAUUCUCUCAAUAGAUCUUCAAGGCUGCAUAUCAGAUUUUGGCCUAACUCCACUAACAAGUUUCUGUGCCUCCUCCAAAAGUCCAGGCUAUGGAGCACCUGAAGCUAUCGAGACACGAAAAUGCUCACAAAAAUCUGAUGUGUACAGCUUUGGUGUUCUCCUUCUUGAGAUGCUGACUGGCAAAACACCAGUUCAGUAUUCAGGGCACGGUCAUGAUGAAGUGGUUGAUCUUCCAAAGUGGGUCCAAUCUGUAGUGAGAGAGGAGUGGACUGCUGAAGUGUUUGAUCUUGAGCUUAUGAGAUAUCCAAACAUUGAAGAUGAGCUUGUGCAGAUGCUGCAACUGGCAAUGGCAUGCGUGGCAGUGAUGCCUGACACGAGGCCUUCAAUGGAGGAAGUUGUUAGGACAAUUGAAGAAAUUAGAGAAUCUAUUUAUGAAAACUAGCCAUCAUCUCAGAGAACAUGUUCAAAGGGUCCUAUGCUUUCACUCUAAAUAAGUGAAUGAAUGGCUUCUUAGAAGAGGAAGAUGCAGGAAUAUUUUCCAAAUGCCCGUGGCUACAAACUGCAAGAAAAGUGUACAUCCAUUACCCACUUCUAAACAUACCUAGUCAAGAUUCACUUGAGGUCUUAGCAUCAAAACAAAAAUGCUUGUAUUUUUUUUACCUUUUCAUAUUUCAUUUGCAUGAUGUUUAAAGCCACACUGAAGUAAUAGACAAAAGUUUAAAUUA